AUGGCCGCCUUGGCCAGCUCGCUCAUCCGCCAGAAGCGGGAGAUCCGCGACCCCGUGGCCAGCCGGCCCGUCUCCGCCCAGCGCAAGGUGUGCCCGCGCGGCACCAAGUCCCUCUGCCAGAAGCAGCUGCUCGUGCUCAUCUCCAAGGUGCGCCUCUGCGGGGGGCGCAAGGGACGCCUCGACAAGGCCCCCGAACCGCAGCUGAAAGGCAUCGUCACCCGGCUCUUCUGCCGGCAUGGCUAUUACCUCCAGGUGCACCCGGAUGGCAGGAUCGACGGCACGAGAGAGGAUGCCAACGGUUUGACUCUCUUCAACCUGAUCCCCGUGGGCCUCCGGGUGGUCGCCAUCCAGAGCACGAAGUCGGGCCAGUACGUGGCCAUGAACGCCGAAGGCUAUCUCUAUACCUCCGCUCACUUCACCGCCGAGUGCCGUUUCAAGGAGUGCGUCUUUGAAAACUAUUACGUGAUGUAUUCCUCCACCCUGUACCGGCAGCGGGAGUCCGGACGGUCGUGGUAUUUGGGCAUCAACAAAGACGGGCAGGUGAUGAAGGGGAACCGAGUAAAGAAGACCAAAGCCGCCGCCCACUUCCUCCCCAAACUGCUGGAAGUGGCUUUGUAUCGUGAGCCAUCUCUGCACAACGUCGUCGAGUCCGUCUUGUCCAAGAAGGCAGAGGAGGAAGACACGGCUGCUCCCCCCGUCAAAGAGAUAUCCAAGGCUGAAGCCACGUAGCCCUGAGGGUGGGGGGUGCGUCCUCUCUCUCCGCCCCCCCCCGCCUCCUCUCCUCUCACGUGUGUCACAGACACACAUGCCCCCCCCCUCCAGUGGCCACUCUUGUAGCCACCAUCUGAACAAAUCCCUUCACGUUUCCUCUUUUAUUUCUCAGGAUGUCCCCCCCCCCACAAAAAAAACCUGAUUUUUUCCUCUUGUGUUCAACCACUGAUUUUUAAGACAGUCUGCCAGGAGGUGAAGGAUCACAGACUACAGACUUUCCUUCUCUGUGGAUAAGAAGAAACUACAGAAGGAGAGAGUCUUCCGUUUCAAGCCAUAGGUGCAAUAUGGCCUCCAGCCUCCAGGGGCAGCAGCCUUGUGAUGCUGUGUAAGGGCAGCAGAUGCCCGUCUUUCAAACUGUGAUAAAUCCACCGCAGGCUUUCUGGCCAGUGUAGGGCAGAAGUUGUCGCCCCUGUCAGGGAUACAAUGAACAUAGCAAAACAAUCUAUUCCGUCUUCCAUGUAAGCCAAUUGUUGCAAUACGGUGCUUCGCUUCUGCGGCUCUGAUGACACGAGUUCUAAUUCCACACCGGGAGAAAGCAGGCUGGGAAGAGGAAAAGGCGUGACUACACCGAGCCAGCUGGAAGCAACGUCCUGUCUCUCGUUCUACAUGGGGGGGCAAAGAUCUUCCAUUUCACAAUCAGUUUUUUUAAAGUUUUGUUUACUGAGCGGUGACCUUGUCCUGUUACGAAUUUGCACGAGAGAAGAGAAAAUUGAGUCACUGACUUUUUAAGAGUUGUGGACAGCAGCAGCAGUUAACGAGAAGAGAUUCCUUGGGGAAAGGGGCAACGGAUCGAGUGUUGGUUUACUAGCUCAGGCCUUGGGGGGGGGGCGGGGGGAGCAGUCCUCUCCUUUUGGCCAUCUCAGGACCCGAAGGGAGGGUGUGGCCUUCCCAAAACUGAAAUCACUUCAUCUUCUGGUGGAGCAAUUUUUAAAACUGGGAUCUUUCUUCCUUCACCCGUGACUCGUCGAUAUUGACUCAUCGGAGGAAUAUCAAAA